AUGUAUUCCGGUAGCCUGAUCGACCUCCUGUCCUGUGCGCUGCAGCUGAACCGGUUCCAGGGCAGGGGAUACGCCAUCGGCGUCAGCUGCACGGUGCUGCUGUCCGACCCGCUGUCGCUGGCGAGGUUCCUCCGGGCGUGGGCGCGCACGCACGCCGAGAUGAUGGAGCAGAGCAAGGUCGCCCCCACGCCCAUGAUGCAGUACAUGGCCUACUUCCAGCGCCCGGAGAUCUGCUGCAAGCGCAUCAGGUCCUUCCCCGUCGACUCCGUCGCCGCCGACGGCGUCCACGCCCAGACCGUGCUCUUCAGGGCCGCGGCCGGCGACCCCCGCGCGCUCGCGGCGGCCUGUAUCGACCGGGCGAGCGAGGAGCUCGGGGCGGACAGGCCGUCGCGCUUCACGCUCAUCGUCGCCCCCGGAGACCCCGGCCGCGGGGCGACGACCGUCGAGACGUCGGUCACGGCGGACGGCCUGAACAAGGGCGGCGCCGGCCACGCGCUGGAAGCUGCGGAGUGGGGCGAGCUGGGGCUGGAGGAGCUGACUAUCAGGGACGUCAAGCCCGUGCAUGUGUCGUACAGAAUCGUGUCGGGCGGAGACGAAGGGCUCGUCGUCGUCAUGCCCGACGGCCAUGGUUUCCUCAUCACGGCCACGGUUCCAAAGUAG